CAGCCGAGCUUAGGCCUUAAACAUUAAGCCCGACCGACUCGUGGCCAAGUUGUCGUUUGAGUUCAGUCGAACUGCUUCUACGUCUUGGCGCAACUGCUACUACGCAACUCUGCGAAAAGAGUUGGCGAAACGGGUCUUUGCUUUUGUGCCAGGUAAGUCUCUUGUUUGCUUCUACUUUUAAGAACUUACUUUCCCACUUAAGAAGAAUCCCAAAAAAGUGUUUGUUAAUAGCUUUAAAAUGGAUUUACAUUUGAUUUCUACAUUAUUGGAUAUUGCAUGCAUAUUGGGUGUUUAACUGUUUUAGAUUUCCUGAAUCUGGGUUCUGGAUUUCGCUUUAAUUGUUAUAUCCGUUCGAAGGUUCUCUUUUAGUUAACUAAUUAAGAUCAGCAGCAUUGCCUUGUUCUAGUUCUCUAGUUUCAAAGGCCAUUUCGUUUUGCUUGUGAGCUGCAUUCAAGAAACAGAGUGGUACUGCGUUCUUUGGUUUAAAAAGUUUUAAUUUUUUCUUUUGUAUGGCAAAAUAUGGAAGGAAAUUUUACAUCAGAUGGUAACGUGAUUCUGGGUGGUCAGGCAUUUGCUUUUUAGAUUCACAAGGCUCAUUGCAGUUUCAUCAAUGCUCAAAACCACGACUUCACCAGCAAGGUUCCCAAUUUCAAGAUGUUUCUUCUUUUAGGUUAGAAAAUGUGAAAGAAAUUGAAAAACCUUAUGAGAGAGUGAAGAAGUCGACGAGUGAUGAUAAUAGGAUGAAGUUUGAUGAAGAAUGCGGUGAUGGAUAUUGUGAUGGUCGUAAGGAGAAAAGGGAGUCCUUGUGGCAGCGUGUAAAAUGGACUGAACAAAUGGUUAAGCUUUUAAUCAAUGUGGUUUCAUAUGUUGAAGAGGGUGCUUCUUCUGAUUGUAUGGGUGGUGUUAGAAGAAAACAGUUCAUGUUGCAGAGGAUAGGAAAGUGGAAAUGUGUUUCUAAAGUCAUGGUCAAAAGGGGUUAUCAUGUAUCACCUCAGCAAUGUGAGGACAAGUUCAAUGAUUUGAAUAAAAGAUAUAAGAGAUGCAAUGAUUUUCUUGGGAGAGGUACUUCAUGCAAGGUUGCAGAGAACUCGGAGCUCUUGGACACGAAGUAUUUAUCUGAUAAGGCAAAGGAGGAGGUGAAGAAAAUUUUGAGCUCAAAGAAUCUGUUUAAUGAGGAGAUGUGCUCAUAUCAUAAGUGGAAUAGGCUGCAUCUCCCUCAUGAUCCAGAGGUGCAACGCUCCUCGCAUUUACCUCUUAGAUGUAGAGACAACAAGGAGCCUAAUCAAUCAAGGCAGAACAAAAGUGAUGAUGACUGUGACAAAGGACAGCAGGGUGCUGGAGCUGAUGAUCAAAUUGAGGAAACAGGAGAUAAUGGGGGAACCCCCAGGUUUUCGGAGCUGUCCUUGAAGAGCAAGUCAGAUGGGUUGCAGGAGCAGUGGAUGGCAUUUCGCUUACUUCAGUUGAAAGAGCAGGAGUUGUAUAUUCAGGUCCAAAAGCUUGAGUUGGAGAAGCAACGGUCUAAGUGGCAAAGGGUCAAUUGGUACAACAACAGGAAUUUGGACAAGAUGAGGCUGGAAAAUCAGUGUAUGAAGUUUGAGAAUAAAUGUUUGGCAUUUGAACUUAAGCGCAAGAAAAUAAGCAGUGUCUAAAACUGAGUACAUAUUGUGAUCAGGAAUACUUCUUGGAAUCCUAUUUCAAGCCUAGUGUAAUGAAAAGUUUACCAGCUUCUAAAUUUCUGUUUUGAUCAUUUAAGAUUGCCUCAUGUUUUGCUGAAUGAUGCAUUAUGUUAUUUUGUUCCAUCAAUUUAGGCUGUAAUUAUAAGUUUUGAACACAUAUCUGUAGUGAGCUGUGUUUUGUAUGUUA